GGUUAGCCCGGUAGGCUUAUGCUGGAGUGAGAGUGCUGAAUAAAGUUGCCUUUGUACCCCGUCUUACUACAGGGAAGUUAAGUGAAGGAAGAGCUGCUAAAAUGACAGGCGGCAUAGGCGACAGUUCAGGCAAGGUCCUGACCCUCGAUGACCUCAUCGAGGCGAUGGACAAGCGGGAGAGAACGCCGAGAAGUGUCCCCAAAGUCGACACCUUCCACUUCAAUGGGGAACGAGUCUCUGAGUGGCUGGACCUAGUGGAGCAAGCCUUGGUGGGAGUACCAGACGAGACGAAAUUCAAACGCAUCCUACAGUAUGUGCUCCAUAAGCACCACCCGGAAGUGCAGAAGGUGGUCGACGACGCUAACGGCGACUGGGCUAAAUUUAGGGAAGGAAUGCAGCGGAAGUAUAGGUUGGGGGAUGGCCUGCUGACUAUGGCGGACCUAGAGGCAAUGAAUAGGGACGACUUCACCACCAUUGGGGCAUUCCUGCAAGAAUUCAAAAAGAAGGCGAGAAAGGUAUAUGGGAUAUCAGAGGAGGUGCAGUGCGUCGUCUUCCUGGGGCUGCUCACCGCAUCUGAGACAGUUGAGCUAACAAGCCAUGGGGGAGGAAAUGCCAAACUUACCUGGGCCACCAUUGACAGAGGGGUGGAGGUUGGAGGCCUCGACCAGGUCGAGCAGCACCAGGUGAGACUGCAGAGGCAGAAACGGAAGGAAAGGGAUGCGGCUGGAUCACCAGGAGUAAAGAAGAUCAUAACCGACGUAUUAGCAGGGUUAGACCCGGUGAUACAGCGGAAGGUGACGGUGGCGGUCCAGGAAAAGGGCAAGGAGGCCGUGGUGGAGGACGCUACCCAAGAAGGAUGGGAAGAGGAGGAACCGGUACCUCCUCACCUUACGAAGGCGCGGCAAUCAGAGAAGAGAAAGGAAACAGUGGAAGUGGAAGAUGAUGACGACGAUGAAGAGGAGGAUGACAAGCUACGUCAGGAAGAAGAUCAGAGGGCCGAGCAACGAGCCAAGAAGAGGGAGAGUCGGGGAGCAGUUGAACCAGUCGUGCGGGACGUACCGCCAAAGAGGAAGAAGUACGCGGUUCGGUUAGAGGAAGGAUUUGAUGUAGAGCGAGUGAUUGACAGGCUGCUUGAGGGCCAUAAUGAUUUAAUGACCCUCAAGGAGAUCCUGGCUUCUACGCCAAGGCUCCGCAAUGAGUUGAAGGGUAGGCUGUCAAGGCGACUGGUGCCGAACGUUCACCUCAGCGUGAUCCUACCCAAGGAGAUGGAAUGGGCAGAGCCAGGGACGAAAAUGGAUUGGAAAUGUGUGGCUUGUGGCGUGGUGGAUCUAGCGGUGAAAGGCUCUAAGUGCACGGCCAUGGUUGAUACGGGCGCUGAAAUGAAUAUCAUCCGAGAGGCCGACGCCGUCAGGUUUGGACUGGAGAUAGAUCGCUCGGACUGCGGUAUCCUGCACGGGGCCAACAACAAGGCUGUGUUUUGUGGAACAGCCUCGAAUGUGCUAUUGGAGAUUGGCAGGGCGAAGGCGCGGGCGUGUUUCUUUGUGAUGCCUGAUGUGGACCACAGCCUCCUCCUGGGGAGGUCCUUCCUAUGCACGACGGAGACUUUGAUGUAUAAUAAGCAUGAUGGGUCGUUGAUCAUGAUUUUAUGUGAUCCAGCGUGCGGGAAUUACGAAGUGGUUACCUGCCGGAACACUGGGUCAAGGAGCCUCAGGAACAGGCCCAACCCUGGCUCUUUCACGAUUGAGGAGUCAGAAGACACGCAUCGGAGGUUUAUGGCAGAGCCCGAGGAGGAAGUAGAAGGUGAAGCCUUCUCACUCAGCCUGUCGGAUGUGGGAAAGGCCAUGGAUAUAGUGGCCACGCACGAGAUGGUCGACCCGGAUGCCAUUCAGGCGCUGAGGGAGCAGGUUCUGGAGUAUCCCCAGAUAGGGGAAAUGGAGUUGGUAUACCGGCUUCCUAAGGGGGUAAUGGAUCCGGCGGUGGCGCAGGCACAGGCACGAGCGGCAAUUCCCGUUCUGGUUACCGAGGACGAGGAGGUGUACUACGAACGGGAGCGAGCGUUGAUACGGCGGAUGAGGGAAAGCGCGUCAGAAGGGCCAUGCCGUAUCAAUGAGGAGAACGAAGGGAAGUUGAUAGUGGGAGAACCGGACUUCCUACUACCUCGGGAAAGAGCCCUGAUGGUGGAGCUGAUGAAGAAAAGACAUUGCGCCUAUGCAUUCAACGACGAGGAGCGUGGCAGGUUGGAUGUGGACAAGAUUCCAAUGAUCCGCAUCCAUACCGUGCCGCACGAGCCAUGGAAUCUAAGAGGGGCGCGAUACCCAGAUCCGGACGAAGAGAAGAAGGUAGUGGACUACCUCGAUGGCAAAAUACGUAUGCACGUCGCCGAUUACUCGAGCGGACCCUAUGCAUCCCCGUGGUUCUGUUUUAUUAAGCCCAACGGAACGCUAAGGUGGGUGCACGACUUGCAGAGACUGAAUGCGGUGACAGUGCGGGACGCAGGUGGGUUACCAAAUGCUGAUGCGUUGUCGGAAUCAUGCGCUGGGAGACCGAUAAUUUCACUUAUUGACCUCUAUUCCGGAUAUGACCAAUUUCCGGUCUACCCGCCAGACCGACCAGUGACAGCUAUGCACACACCUCGAGGGCUUAUCCACAUGAAUGUGGCUCCACAAGGGUGGGCGAAUGCGGUGGCAAUGGUCCAGAGGAAUAUGAUCCGGGUCAUGCAGACAGUUAGUCCACACAUCACGCAGCCGUACAUUGAUGACCUGGCAGUGAAAGGGCCGCGAAAAAGGGAAGACGAUGAGGUCCUGCCUGGAGUAAGGCGGUUUGUCUGGAGGCACGUUCAGGAUCUUGAUAAAGCCUUAGGCUUGCUUGAGGAGUACAACCUUUCGGCCAGUGGGCCUAAGUCUAAGCACUGUAUGAGGGAGGCGACUAUCUUGGGGUUCGUCUGUAAUGAGAAUGGUCGGCGGCCGGAUGUUAAGAAGACGGAUAAGAUAGUUGAGUGGCCGGUGCCAUUCUGCUCUGUAACAGAUGUAAGGAGCUUCCUGGGUAAGUGUGGGUUCUGGAGGUCCUUCGUCAAGAACUUUGCGGCAAAGACAGAGCAGUUAAGGAAGCUGGUCCGGCAGGAUCAGGAGUGGACCUGGGGUGAGGAUCAGGAAGAGGUUGUGGCCAACAUGAAGGAGGAGUUCCGGGAAGGAGGGUUGGUACUGGGUGCGCCUGAUUAUGACGCCACGGAGACGAGACCGUUCAUUGUGGAGACGGAUGCAGGACCGACGGCCUUGGGUGGAGUUCAAAUCCAAGCAGACCUCAAGGGGAAGGAGAGGCCGUUGCGCUUUGAGAGUCGCACGCUGUGUACGUCAGAAAGAAACUACUCUCAAUUCAAGAGGGAGACUCUCGCCGUCCUUCAUUGCUUGCGGAUUUUUCGAAACUACAUCUUCGGUAGGAGGUUCAUCUUAAGGGUAGACCCAACGGCUCUGGCUUUCUCCCUGAGGAAUUAUGUUCCGUCCGAUCCAACAGUUGCCAGGUGGUUGACCUACAUCUGGAUGUUCAACUUCGAGUUGGAACGGAUCCCAGGGAACAAGAACAGGGCAGAUGGGCUAAGUCGCAUCAACUGGGAUAGGCACGACGGGGAAGCUGUAGAGGAUACGCCCCCUAUUGAUGGCUUUCUGGACCAGGACGAGGACCUCCGCCUCCACAUCAAUAAGUGGUCCCCACGAGUCCCCAGCUGCGUUGACCAUCCUAUCUGGCACGCGCCUAAGGGGUAUGAGCGGAAAGUUGGGUUGGUGCUCAAGCCUUUCGAAGAAGAGGAUCCCUGGGGUGGUAAGGACGUCCAAUUGAUGACCAAGUUGGCACUCGCCGGUAGCCAUUGUAUGGUGCAUGAGGUACUGACGAUAGAGGAGGGCCCGGAUAAGGUAAAACGUCACGAGGAAUUAAUGGGAGGGAUGUACCUCCUCGUCAAUGCACUUCUGCAGGAGUCCCUUGAUCUGGAAAGCUCACUAAACCCGGCCGAAGGAAGAGGCACGGUGUUGGAGAGCCAGGAUGACGAGUUUGAAGAGGGAGAGAUCAAGGAGGCAUUCCGUGCAGAGGAGUAUGAAGGGAUUUACCUAGAGUUGGGACUUCUCUUAUCCUGCGAGAUGCGUGAUAGAGACGCAAGCCAUAGGGCGCAAAUGAUGAGGGAUCGUUACCUAGUAAGGGACGGUCAUCUCUUCGUAAGAAGGAAAGUAGGAAACCCCAGGCGGGUGGUAUGUGGUCGCAACCGUCAAAUCGACGUCAUAGCAGCGCUUCACGAUGGCAUUGAAGGCGGACACCGGGGAAUUACUGCCACAUAUGCCAAAAUAAGUGAGUUAUACUACUGGGACGGGAUGAUGGAGAUGGUUGGGAAAUUCUGCCGUUCCUGUGUGCCGUGCCAGGAGCAGUCUUGUCUAAGGCCAGGAGAGCCACUGCAUCCAAGGCUGGAGAGAGAGGUCGGGGCCGUAGUACACCUCGACUUGUUGUUCAUGCCCCUUGGAGAUCAUUGCUACAACUAUAUCUUCGAUGCGCGCGACAACCUAUCUGGCUUCGUAGAUGGACGGGCAAUCCGUACGAAGACUGGGCCAGUUCUGGUCAGCUGCAUCGAGGAGUAUUACCUACGCUACCCGUUCGUUAGGGAAUUCGUAAUGGACAGGGGGUCGGAGUUCACGUGUCAGGAGGUGCAAGAGUUGUUGUCAAGAUAUGGGGUAGUGGCUAACUACACCACGGCCGCCCACCCACAGGCAAAUGCUCCGGUGGAAAGGGGUCAUAGUACCAUUACGGCACAACUAGCAAAAUGGACCGAAGGUAAGCCCAGCCAGUGGCCGAGGUAUCUGAGGGCCGCCUUCUUCGUUGAGAACAUCACAGUGAAAAGGACCACUAAGUACGCGCCGGCCACACUGUGGUAUGGAAGACAUGCUACCUUUCCAAUCGAGAGCUUCCUAAAGACUUGGAGGCGUCAGGACUUGGAGGUAAAUCUGUCUUUCAAAGAAUUGCUCGAUAUUCGAGCUCGGCAGGUGGGCACGAUUGAGGAAAGGGUCCAGGAGGCAUCCGACCAGGUAGAGAGGAGCCGUAUGGACGAUAAGGCUCGCUGGGAUCAGUCGGCUCGUGUACGAAAGGUACCCUUGGUAGUUGGGGACGUCGUGCUCUUGUAUGAUUCAUCCCUGGAAAAACAAUGGUCCAGGAAGCUGGACAAGAGGUGGUUAGGUCCCUAUCGAAUCGUGCGAUGCGGAGAGUUCGGCGCAUACCAGAUCGAGGAGCUGAAUGGAGCAGAGUGGAAAGACUGGGUGUCAGGGACGAGGUUGAAAAAAUUCGUGGCCAGAGAAGAGGACGGACUUGCAGCCAUGCCAAGAGGAGGGAGGGGGACACGGCCACCACGACGGCCGGCGGGAGCAUCAGAAGGACAUGGACGGCAUGGGCCUUACCGUCGAGCAAGCACUCCAGUAUAUAACGAUGGGGAUAUCGAGUUAUUCAUGGACGAGUUCUGGAGCCACGCUGACCAUAUGGGGUGGACCGUGACUCAGACGAUCGAGAGGUUGAGGGGAGUUGGCAGGUUUAUGGAGCCCAUCGCACAGAUUCGUAGGGAGGCUCGAACGAGGUCGGAAGUGGAGGCGCGGAUGCAAGAGCUGCGACCGUCGCCUGUGGGGCCUGAUGGAAGACCUAUUCGGCUAGAGAUUGGGAAUGCAGAGGAGUUCGUCCCAGCAUUCGAGCAAUUCAUGCAGAACCAGGGAAUACUGCAAAGCGAAUGGAUGACGACAUUACCCCUGUGGACCCGAAAGGCGGAGAGACCUUUGGCCAGACAGAUCAGGGGCAUGGCCCAAGAUUGGGAUAGUUGUAGAGCGCACUUGAGGGCGGCAUUCCGGCAGCCAGAACCACCUUGGCCUAGAGUCGAAAGGCGCCUUAGGAGCAGCAGGCAGAGGGAACCUGAGCCCGCGGAGGACCGAACCUCGCGGAGAGGACGGAAGGCGCUUGCUAGGCGGGAAGAGGAGGACGUGCCUGAGGCAGAACGACAGGAGGAGCACCCCGAGGGUGGACUGGGGCCGGUAGAGUUCCACCGCUAUACUAGAGGAGGACUGGGGGAAGCGCCACAGCAUAAACAGGAAGAGAUACCGAUCGUCGAAGGGUUAUUGCAAGAGUUAGAGGCACACCUGGACGCUGCCCAGUGGAGAGAGCCGCCGAUGAGUGAGGGGCGCAUUGAGGCCAUCACGGAGGUACCACAAGAGGACGUUCCAGACCCUGAACAAGAGGAGGAGCCGAGUGCUACGAAAGAUCGGAUUGGGGACGAGAUCAUAGAAGUUGAGGAAGACACUCCCCCUCAGGGACCAGCCGUGGGGCUGAGGCUCGGUAGUCCACUCGAGAGCCCGCCAGAUACGAGGAAGAAAGUACAAAGGGAGGAAGUCUCGAUCUCGGUGCCGGAGACAGCCCUAUCGCCGACAGGAAUGGAGGCAAGUGAGGCGGAGGGGGCCAGUCUGAGAAGGGAGGCAGACAGCCUGAUUGAUAGCCAUCUGGCCGCCCAUGCUCUGGAGCAACCUAGUCUGGAAGCGGUCAUACCUGCGGAGUCACCCCGGGAACCAGGUCAGACCGAGAGAGAGGUGGAAACGGGGAUCUCGGGGGAAGUCGAACAACGCACGGUAGAGGAAGUACCAGCGAAAGCAACGGCUGAGGAGAAACGGGCUAGAGUGGCAAGACGCUGGGAGGAAAUCCGGCAGGAGGGGCAAAGAUUGGAAGCAGCGGGGGUACUCCCAAGUCCGCCACCGCCCUACAAACCAUAUGGGCUCCGGGAGAUGUGGGAAGAGUUUCUUGCUCGUCAUGGCGAAGGGUUGACGACCCCAGGCAAGGCGGAGGUCGAAACCUCACAGAGAGUUGAUGAGUAUUUGGAUCACAGGAUUCGCUCCGUGUCCGAGACCUCCUUUGACAGGUAUAUGAUGUUGGAGGCAGAUCUGAGAAGGAGGGAACUGAAGGAAGCAGGGCUGGAGUCACGGUUGGGGACCGUUGAGGCGGAAGUCCGUGAGCUCAGGGCUCUGGUGGCUAGCCAGGCCGCCACCAUCCUGGAAUUGACGCAGCAACUCCAUGGCAACAGGGAUGGGGCGAAGAGUAGCAGGCCAGGAGAGCAGAGUCAGCCAAGACAUGGCGUAUCAGAGCAACCAGUUGUGGCCGAGCCUCAGCAAGAGGCACCUAUGGGAAGAGUCAUUUUGGAGCCUAGAGGCCAAGAGGAAGGCUGAGAGGGAAGCCUUCGAAUUCAGAGCCCCUACGGAGC